CGCAGGGUGACACUCUGUCGGUCAGUCACAGAAAAGACACGCACACAACAAAGCAGCUGGACAAUAAUGAACCCCACAGGGACUCAGGAGGAGCAUGCUGAUUGAUGGACAGGAUUGCUGUCACCUGUUUGUGCUCACAGCUGCUACAUGACAACUUUAAGCACAAAAAACACAACUUCAAUAUUUCAUGUUUUUGGUGCUUCUGAGAUGCUGAUGACAGAACGAUCUAUACAUGUCAAAAGGGAAAACGUGAGAGUGAUUGCUGUAAAUAUCCUCUCAGUCAUAGGUGCAGCUCUGGGCUAUUUGAAGGCUUUGACAGCAUUGUCUCCGCUGUUAGUUGGCCACAUGACACCUCAGGAGCUGAAUCAUGGUGGCAUAUCCCCAGCCUGAGCAACCAGUUGCUUCUUUCAGUCUGUGACAGCAGCUGCUUCAGCCGAGGCCUGCGCUGUGAUUCGGCCCUGUCAGAUUCCACCAGAGCUGAAUCAGGCAGGGGGGCAGAGGCAGCUAAAUUUAGAGGGUGGGUGGGAUUACACCGCGGGGUCUUCACAGUGGCAACCCUUUCCUUGCCCUGCCUUUUCCAGCCAGGACCGACUGCCAAAAGGACCCGUGUCCGCCGACUCCUUCCUCUCUCCACAGACCCCCUUGUCUUGUUCACCAAUUGUUUCCCCUCCUGACAAGCCAUGGACCCCAACGCCAUCAAGGAGGAGCUGCGCCUGUUCCAGAGCACUCUGCUCCAGGACGGGCUGAAGGAGCUCCUGAACGAGAACAAGUUUGUGGACUGCACCCUGAAGGUGGGCGACCGCAGCUUCCCCUGCCAUAGGCUCAUCAUGGCCGCCUGCAGCCCUUACUUCAGGGAGAUCUUCUUCACAGAGGAUGGGAAGGAGGUGGAGAACACCAAGGAGGUGGUUCUGGAGGAUGUCAACCCCUCCGUCCUGGGUAUGGUCAUCCAGUACCUCUACUCAGCUGAGAUUGACCUCACAGAUGAGAACAUUCAGGAUAUUAUUGCUGUUGCGAACAGAUUCCAGAUCCCCUCAGUCUUCACGGUGUGUGUGAACUACCUCCAGAAGAAGAUUUCCCUGAGCAACUGUUUGGCCAUCUUCAGGAUGGGUCUGGUUCUCAGCUGUCCGAGGCUCGCCGUCGCCGCACGCAACUUUGUCGCGGACCGCUUUGAAUUCCUCUACAAAGACGAGGAGUUCUUGAAGCUCGCGGCCCACGAACUGUUCGCGGUCAUCGGUGGAGACUCCCUGAACGUGGCGAAGGAGGAGCUGGUGUUCGAGUCGGUCAUGGCCUGGGUUCGUCACGACAAGGAGCGCGUCAAGCUCCUGAAGGAUGCUUUCAACUGCAUCCGCUUCCGCCUGCUGCCAGAGAAGUACUUCAAAGAGAAAGUGGAGACCGAUGAUAUCAUCAAGGCCGACCCGGAGCUCCAGAAGACCAUCCAAGUCAUCAGGGAUGCCUUCAAGGGGAAGCUUCCAGAGACACCUCAGAAGAAGGAGGGGGAGGAGGGGGCGGAGGGCGAAGAGGAGAGCCUGUUCCCCGGCUUUCUGAAUGACGAACGCAGACACGGCAUGUACGGACGUGAUUUCAUCCUGAUGAUCAAUGACACGGCGGCAGUGGCGUAUGAUGUCAUUGAGAACGAGUGCUUCCUGGCAGCCAUGGCGGAUCAAGUGCCGAGGAACCACGUCAGCCUGGUGUCAGAGAGGAACCAGCUCUUCAUUAUUGGGGGACUGUUUGUGGACGAGGAGAACAAAGAUGUUCCUCUGCAGUGUUACUUCUACUUGUUGGAUCCACUUACAUCCGAGUGGGUCGCCCUGCCGCCCAUGCCUUCACCUAGAUGCCUCUUCAACAUCGGCGAGAGCGACAACCUGCUGUUCGCCGUGGCUGGGAAAGACCUCCAGACCAACGAGUCCCUUGACACUGUGAUGUGCUACGAUGUCGAGAAAAUGAAGUGGAGUGAGACCAAAAAGCUUCCUCUGAAGAUCCACGGCCAUGCUGUCGUCUCCCACAAAGGACUGGUGUACUGCAUCGGAGGAAAAACAGAUGACAACAAAGCCCUCAACAAGAUGUUCUCGUACAACCACAAGCAGGCCGAGUGGAGAGAGCUGGCGGCCAUGAAGACUCCCAGAGCCAUGUUCGGAGCGAUCGUCCACAACAACAAGAUCAUAGUGGCUGGUGGAGUCAACGAGGAGGGUCUCACCAACGUGUGUGAAGCCUUUGACUUCACAACAAACAAGUGGGAGCCCUUCACAGAGUUCCCUCAGGAGAGGAGCUCCGUCAACUUGCUCAGCAGCAGCGGCUCCCUGUACGCCGUGGGCGGCUUCGCCAUGGUUCAGACGGAGAACAAAGAGGUGGCUCCCACAGAGGUCACUGACGUCUGGCAGUACGAAGAGGAUAAGAAGCAGUGGAGUGGCAUGCUGAGGGAGAUGCGUUACGCUGCUGGCGCCUCCUGUGUGUCCAUGCAUCUCAACGCAGCCAGAAUGCCCAAACUGUAGACACACAACUUUCUUUCUUUCAACCCCCCCCCCAACAAGACCUCCUGACGCCCCCUUCUUCCCCCGGCGAGCUGCCUUCGAGGCGUCUCAUCCUCUGCACUCGGAUUUCUGUGUGUGGAGUUGAUCUUUGACAUUAAUUUUUCUCUGCGCUCAGAUGAUUUUUAUCUGUACUAUAAACAUUCGGUUCUGCUGCCUCUACAAAGACUGCACCAUCCCCACAGUAUUGAGAAAAAGACGCCACUAUUUAGAUUGAUCCAUGAAGCUCUGUUAACAUAGUUUCUUGCUUUUCUUUUGUAUAAUAAACAUUUGUAAACUUCU